GCUGAUUGUCGGGAGGCCGUAGUUCGUGCAACUUCGGAGGCUGAGACAAAUCCCAACCUUGAUAAACUGAUUGCCACGACUUGUGGUCCAGCUGAGAUGCGUUUCUGCACUGGUCUUACGGAGGAUUUGAUUGGCGCUGUGGCUGAUGUAUUGCAUCGGCCAAACGGUGCCUAUCCAUCCAGCUCUAACACUCUUCUUUCUUGUCUGAUUGACAACAAGAAUCAUGUAGAUAUGGAGGAGGGUUGUCGAUCCGCCAUCGAUCAUUUUCAGAUCAUUAGCUUAAAGGAUAUUAACAUGACGCCAAGCUUCCGACUUUACUGCAUCGCUGACGCUAAGCGCCUCUGUCCCGACAUUCUUAUAAACAAACUAUCAAAGUCUUCAAUUAGAGGAGCUUUGGUCAGCUGUCUUAGUGAGGUACGUGUCCGGGACGUGAUCUAUGCAAACACAGUGGGAGUCCGUGAUGUUAGUGGUGGUGGGGUCAGACAGCCGCUUUUAUCACAUGCUUGCGCCAAUCAGUUACGUUAUGAGCUGCUUCAGAGGUCUGAGUCUAUUCUUCACGAUCCCGAAUUGGCAGCUGACUGUCAAACUGAUUGGGCCCGUUUCUGUCAACAUGUCAAACCUGGUAAUGCACAGGUGCUAUCUUGCUUAAAAAAGCAUCGCAAAUCUCUCACACUUGAUUGCCAUGCUCGUCUAUUCAAGCGCGAUCUAGUUGCCGCUGCGGAGAGUCGAGGCGAUUAUGAACUCUCUCGUGAUUGCCACACCAUGAUUCGCCUACAUUGCCGCCAUAUAAUCUCGGACAGCCGUAUCGACUCGUUUGACAUGGGCCCCCGACUUCUUGAUUGUCUAGUGGAUAGACUAAGGUCUGAUGACUCAUCUGGAGCCAAUGGUUUCGAUGAGACCUGUCGCAAACGUGUAAUGGCUGGUCUUGAGCUCCGAUCCAAGGACUAUCGUUUAGAUCCCCGGCUUCAGAUUGCCUGCGAGUAA